AUGCGUUGCGUAGCACAUAUAGUUAAUUUGGUUGUUUCUGAUGGCAUGAAAACGGUUAAUGAGUCAAUUACUCGUGUAAGGCAUGCUGUGAGAUUCAUUAAACAAUCUCCAUCAAGGUUGCUAAGGUUUAAAAAGUGUGUGUCAGAUGAAAAAAUAGUUUCCAAAAUGUUGUUAUGCCUUGAUGUGCCAACUAGGUGGAAUUCUACAUACUUGAUGUUGAGUGCUGCAAUUUCUCUUGAGAGUGCUUUUGAGAGGUAUGCUGAGGAGGACCCUCAUUAUACGGUUGCUUUGUGUGAAAGGGAAGGGAAAGGUAUCCCUGAAUCUGAGGAUUGGAAUAGUGUGAAAAAGUUUUCUGAAUUUAAGCAAGCCUUCUAUGAUCUUACUAAUCGCGUAUCUGGGUCUUUGUAUGUGACUUCCAAUUUAUUUUUUCAAGAGUUGGUUAAUGUUGCGGUACUUUUGAAAGAGUUAACAUCGAGUGAUGAUCUAGAUAUGUGUCAUAUGGCUUGUAAAAUGAAGGAAAAGUAUGAGAAAUAUUGGGGUGAUCCUGAAAAAAUUAACUUGAUGAUUUUUGUUGUUGUUGUCCUUGAUCCUCGAUAUAAAUUUGAUUAUGUCGAGUGCAUGUUGACUGAAAUUUAUGAUGUUACUACUGCAUCUAUUUUGGCAAGAAAUGUGAAAGAUAUAUCGAGUGCUUUAUUUGAGGAAUAUCGUAUUUUGCCUCCAACUGAUGUUGUUAGGGAGGAAGAAUCAUCCAAAAAGGAUGAUACACAGUCAACUACUUCACAUAAGAAGGUUGAGGUUUUGAAAAGUAAGUAUAAGAAGCAUAAAUGUGAGCUUAGUGGAGAGGCAAAAAUUGAGUUAGAUAAGUAUUUGGAGGAGGAUAGGGAGGAGGAUACAGAGGAGGAAGAGGAUGACUUUGAUAUUUUGGGGUGGUUGAAGUUCAAUAGUGCAAGGUUUCCUACUAUGGGAAGAAUGGCUCGUGAUGUGCUUGCUGUCCCAAUAUCAACCGUGGCCUUCGAGAGUGCAUUUAGCACCGAGGGAAGAGUUCUUGACAAUUUUAGAAGAUCUUUAAGUCCGGUGGUCGUUCAAGGUCUUCUUUGUAAUAAAAAUUGGUUACGUGCUGGUCCAUUCCAAGGUGUUGAAGAGUGUUUGGAGGAAGUGGAGCUUCUUGAAGAAGACUUAAAUAAAAUGUCCAUAAAUGAUGCUUUUAUGAAACGAUUGAGAUCGACGAGUAGGAGGCUGUUUGGUGUUACUGACCUGCUGGUGGUAACUUAUGUUGCUGACCUGUGCUUGGUGUUUGACCUGCUGCUGACCUGCUACUUGGUGUUUGAUAUGUUGCUGCUGCAAUCUCUUGUUGUUAUGAAUUGA